AAAAAUAUAGGUGGUAGCUGUCCCGCCUGUCCGGGUUAUUCACUUCGUCACGUCACUGUGUGAAAAGAAGCUGACUGGAAAGAGCGAAAGAAAGUAAGAACGAACGAGCGAAAGCAAAAAAGUGUGUGUUGAUUGAGAUACUGCUAACUCCUUCAACGUUUACGCGUGGAUCUCUCUCUCUCUCUCUCUCUGAUUCUUCGGUCUUCGCCAUGUCGGAGCGUUCGUCUUUCGGAUUGGGACCUCGAUUAGAUCUUCAGCAAUUACAACUUGAAGCCCAGCAUAGGUGGUUGCGCCCUGCAGAAAUAUGUGAAAUUCUUCGUAAUUAUCGGAUGUUUCAAAUCACAUCAGAACCACCUAACAGGCCACCAAGUGGUUCCCUUUUUCUAUUUGAUCGGAAGGUUUUAAGGUACUUUAGAAAAGAUGGACAUAAUUGGAGAAAGAAAAAAGAUGGAAAGACUGUGAAGGAAGCACAUGAAAAGUUGAAGGUGGGAAGUGUUGAUGUGUUACACUGCUACUAUGCCCAUGGAGAAGAAAAUGAAAAUUUUCAGAGGCGAAGCUAUUGGAUGCUUGAACUGGAUAUGAUGCAUAUAGUAUUUGUCCACUACUUGGAUGUUAAGGUUAACAAAACCAAUAUUGGUGGAAAAACAUAUUCUGAUGAGGUUACAUCAGAUUCCCAGAAGAGCAGUUCUUUGUCAUCUGGCUUUCCCAGAAAUUAUGGUAGUGUGCCUUCAGGAAGUACAGAUUCCAUGAGCCCAACGAGCACUUUGACAUCUUUAUGUGAAGAUGCUGAUUCAGAGGAUAUUCAUCAAGCAAGUUCAGGAUUACACUCCUAUCGUGAAUCACAAAAUUUGGGGAAUGAUCGUCCGAUGGAUAAGAUUCAUGCUCGUUCAAAUAGUUCCUAUCUUAUGCAUCCGUUUUCAGAUAAUCAUGGGCAGUUACCAGUUUCUGGAGCAGAAUAUAUCCCACAUGUUCAGGGGAAUAAGUCUAGAGCUAGUGAUACUACUUACAUUGAGGGUCAGAGAGCACAUGGCAUUGCAUCCUGGGACAAUGCCAUGGAACAGUCUGCAGGAAAGCAUGCUGAUCCUUCUCUUGUAUCAUCUACAUCCAUUCCAUCAAGUGCAAUGGGAAACAUACUUGACAAAAACCAUACUGUUCCAGGCAACCUUUUAGGGCAUAAAAUUGCCCUCACUGAAGUGGAAAGGGGCGCUCAGCCUGUCCAAUCAAACUGGCAGAUUCCUUUUGAAGACAAUACUGGAGAAUUGCCUAAUUGGGGCUUUACCCAAUCAUUGGGUUUGGAAUUUGGAUCUGAUUAUGGUACUAGUUUACUGGGGGAUGUAACUAAUAAUGCAGGCCCAGAAAUUGAUCCUGAGCUGUUCACUUUUAAUGGUGAGUUAAAAGAGCAGUAUACACAUGGGCAAUCUCAACCUGCACUGAAAUCCAAUUCUGCGUAUGAAGUUCCUGGUGAAGCAAGUAUCAAUUAUGCCUUGACCAUGAGGCGUGGAUUAUUGGAUGGAGAGGAGAGCCUCAAGAAGGUUGAUAGUUUCUCUAGGUGGAUGACCAAAGAACUUGCAGGUGUGGAUGAUCUGCAUAUGCAGUCUUCCCCUGGUAUUUCAUGGAGCACAGAUGAAUGUGGGGAUGUGAUAGAUGAUACAUCAUUGCACCUGUCCCUGUCUCAAGACCAGCUGUUUAGCAUAAACGAUUUUUCACCUAAAUGGGCUUAUGCUGAAUCAGAAAUUGAGGUGUUGAUUGUUGGAACAUUUUUAAAGAGUCAACCUGUGGUGGCAAAAUGUAACUGGUCCUGUAUGUUUGGGGAAGUGGAGGUUCCCGCUGAGGUUUUAGCUGAUGGAAUUUUGUGCUGUCAAGCUCCACCUCAUAAGAUUGGACGGGUUCCCUUCUAUGUAACAUGUUCCAAUAGGUUUGCUUGUAGUGAAGUUCGGGAAUUUGAGUACAGAGAGGGCUUCGAUAGAAAUAUAAAUUUUCCAGAUUUUUUUAACAAUUCAAGUGAAAUGGAGCUUCAUUUGCGACUGGUGGGGUUACUUUCGUUAAACUCAAUGCACACUUUAAAUCAAGUGUUUGAGGGUGAUAUGGAUAAAAGAAACUUAAUAUUCAAGCUUAUUUCACUGAAAGAGGAAGAGGAAUAUUCAAGUAAGGAAGAGACAACUGCAGAGAUGGAUAUAUCACAACAGAAGUUGAAGGAGCAUAUGUUUCACAAGCAGGUUAAGGAGAAGUUGUACUCAUGGCUUCUUCACAAAGUUACUGAAACUGGUAAAGGGCCUCUUGUAUUAGAUGAAGAGGGGCAAGGCGUGUUACACUUAAUUGCUGCUCUUGGUUAUGAUUGGGCUAUAAAUCCUAUCAUAACUGCUGGAGUCAAUAUCAACUUCCGUGACGUGAAUGGAUGGACAGCUCUACACUGGGCUGCAUUCUGUGGCCGAGAGCGAACAGUUGCUGUCCUUGUCUCCAUGGAUGCAGCCGCUGGUGCAUUGACAGAUCCAUGUCCCGAAUUUCCUUUGGGUAGAACACCUGCAGAUCUUGCUUCUAGCAAAGGCCACAAAGGAAUUUCUGGUUUUCUUGCUGAGUCAUUAUUAACUAGCCACCUCGAAUCGCUCACAAUGGAUGAAAAUAAAGAUGGUAGGAAAGAAACUUCAGGAAUGAAAGUAGUGCAGACAGUUUCAGAGCGAACUGCGACACCUGUGCUUAAUGGUGAUAUACCUGAUGAUAUCUGCCUUAAGGAUUCUCUUAAUGCUGUCCGUAAUGCUACACAAGCUGCUGAUCGUAUAUAUCAAGUAUUCAGAAUGCAGUCAUUUCAGAGGAAGCAGUUAGCUCUGUAUGAAGAUGAUGAAUUUGGAUUGUCAGAUCAACAAGCUCUUUCUCUCCUAGCUUCUAAGGCGUGCAGAUCUGGUCAAGGAGAGGGUUUAGCCAAUGCUGCUGCAAUACAAAUACAGAAAAAGUUUCGUGGUUGGACGAAGAGAAAAGAAUUCUUGAUUAUUCGCCAAAGAAUUGUUAAAAUCCAGGCCCAUGUAAGAGGUCACCAGGUCAGGAAGCAGUAUAAACCAAUCAUUUGGUCUGUGGGAAUCCUGGAAAAGGUUAUAUUACGCUGGAGACGCAAGGGCAGUGGUUUACGUGGAUUUCGACCAGCUUCCCAGAACAAGGUCCCCGAACAACCAAGCGAAUCUCCGAAACAGGAUGACUAUGAUUACCUCAAGGAAGGAAGGAAACAAAGUGAAGUGAAGUUCAAAAAGGCCCUUUCACGGGUGAAGUCCAUGGUUCAGUAUCCAGAGGCACGGGCUCAAUAUCGGCGGGUGCUAAAUGUAGUUGAGGACUUCCGUCAAACCAAGGGAGGUAAUUUGAAUUUGAUAAAUUCGGAAGAGACAGUCGACGGUGUGGAGGAUUUGAUUGAUAUUGACAUGCUUUUAGAUGAUGAAAAUUUCUUACCUAUAGCUUUCGAUUGAUUCUCUGCUGUUGCUCCACCCACCUCCCCGGUAAAUAGAUGGCCAGUUGGUUUUAUUUGGCAUUGGAGAGAUCCUAACAUCGUGUGCUGCUGUAUAUAUUUAUAUUUAUGUAUAAUGUACAAUCAGAAUUCCUUGGAUCAUAGGUCUUCCUGUUUUCUAGCAAAGAACUAGUUAGAUCCAAGGGUGGGUUAUAAUAGAUUAUGGAACCUAGAAUGCGUUCAGGUUUGGUAGUUCGGAUAUAUAAUAUACAUGGUUUAAUUUUAUAUAUGGUGAUUAUGUAUAUGACAGGAUGAUUUCAUUUAGAUUGAAGUAUGUUUUUAAUUCUUAAAUUUGUAUCAUUUUUUAAAAA